AUGGAUGGUCGUACCUUUUUUCUAAACGGCAGUGCAGGAACAGGAAAGACGUUUCUAUACAACACCGUAGCUGCGAGUUGUCGACUCAGAGGAUACAUAGUUCUCACCGUUGCGUCAUCAGGUAUUGCUUCAUUACCUUUGGUGGGUGGUAGAACUGCGCAUUCAACUUUUAAAAUUCCGAUAGAGAUAAAUGUAACCAGCGUAUGGUCGAUUCCCAAACAGAGUUCAACAGCUAAGUUUCUUAAAGAAGCGAAACUGAUUAUAUGGGACGAAGUACCAAUGCAGCAUAGAUUUUGUGUGGAAUCGGUCAAUAGAUUACUCAAGAAUAUCCGCGGAAACGAAUUAGCUUUUGGAGGUAUUACUGUUGUUAUGGGAGGAGAUUUCAGACAAACUUUGCCAGUUAUACCAAAUGGAGGCCGUGCAGAUGUUGUGGGUGCAUGUGUUAGAAGAUCUGUACUUUGGAAUAAUAUAACAGUUCUAACACUUAUAAAGAAUAUGCGUCUUGAUCUACAAGAUCCAGAAAACAAAAUCUUUUCAGAAUUCUUGCUCAAGGUCGGGACAGAACCAGAAGAAAAAGUUCAACUACCUUCAUCGGUGAAUAGAUGCAAAGACAUGGAGGAUUUGAUAUGCAAGUUGUAUCCCCGUUUGUCCAAAAUUCAUCCCCAUUCAGGAACAUCCGGUCAGGUAUCCGAGGAAGAGCUAACUGAGAGAAUAAUUCUAUCAGCACGCAAUAAUGAUAUUAAUGAAAUAAACAUGGAAGCAUUGAAUAUUUUAGAAGGAGAAACCUUCACUUAUUUGGCUGCGGACAAAUUGAAUCCGGAUGAAAGCUGUGGAAUCCCAAAUUUCACUAAUGAAUUUCUACAAAAUUUGAAUCCAUAA